UUUUUCUUUGCUAACCAAAACACUUAGUGACUAGAAUUCGCGCAAAAUUCCCAUUGGGGUCAAAAAUAUUAGCCAAAAAUAGUUAGCUUUCAACCGAAGCCAUGAUAAGCUUUCUGUUUAUUGUUAAUCGUGCACUCAGCGGCAUGGCACACGCUAGCAUUGGUCCGCGUCCACUUGUGCUUUGCGGCCCUUCCGGGUCCGGCAAGAGCACGCUACUGAAACGUUUGUUUGCCGAAUUUCCGGAUAAAUUUGGCUUCAGUGUAUCACACACCACACGUCGUCCUCGCGAGGGCGAGGAGCAUGGCGUACAUUAUUACUUUGUGGAUCGCGCAGAUAUGGAGCAGGCUAUAAUCAAUGAUGAGUUUAUUGAGACGGCCGAGUUCACUGGAAAUAUGUACGGCACCAGCAAGGAAGCGGUGCGCGACAUACAGAGCCAGGGACGUGUAUGUAUACUUGACAUCGAACAAAAGGGCGUGGAGCAAAUUAAGAAGACCGAUCUCAAUCCCAUUCUAAUCUUCAAUAAUCCACCAACCAUUGACGAGCUGGAGCGUCGUCUUCGCAAACGCGGCAGUGAAACUGAGGAAUCUUUACGCAAACGUCUUAUGGCAGCCGAAGUGGAGAUUGCCUAUGGAUUGACCCCAGGCAAUUUUCACAAGGUGAUCAACAAUGUGGACAUUGAUGUGGCUUACGAGCAGUUUCGCGACUUUGUGGUGGAGGAGCUUAAGAAGCAGGAGGCGCAGGGCGUGCACUUUAAUUAGUGCGAUUUCAGUACAAAACUUAACUUAUGGCAUUUAUACUUAGAAUUUGAAAUGGAAUCAAUCAAUUGAAUGAUUCUUUUAGUUGUCUGUCCCACUGCUUC